CCCGCAAAGAGCGACAUUGAUUUCCGCAACCGCAAGUCAAAGUGGCGUCUCUUCCCUUCAGGUUCAAAGCAGGCGGUAACAGCAACAUGGCCCCCAUUGUUGCCCAACAGCACCACCACCGCAGCACCACGAAGCAGGCCCAGAAACCCUUCAAGUCCCGCCAUGCCAGCAAGAGUUCGCUGAAGGAGCAGUCAAAAGGCAAAGUAGAAAGCUUCGAACGAGGAAGCCGAAAGACGCCGCACCAGCACGUCAUGUCGAAAUUUGACCGCCGAAAUCGCGCGAAGCAGAUGCGCCUGAACAAAGAUCACGAGCACGCGAGAGCGACAAACAUAUUUGCUGGCAAGGAUGGAGCACCAAGGAUGGUUGCUGUCGUACCGCUCUGUGGGGACGUCUCUGCCGCCGCCGCUGUACGAAGCCUGAACACCUGCUUGGAGAUCGAAGAGGAGGUGCCAGAGGCCGGAUGGACGCGGACAAACGUCGACCGAUUCAAGCAGAAGCUCCAAUACCUGGUCGUGCAACGCGACCUACUGGCAUCGUUGGAUGCUUGCCGAGUAGCCGACUUCGUGAUUUUUGUGCUGUCCGGGCAAGAGGAGGUUGACGAAGAAGGCGAGUUGAUAUUGAAGGCAGUUGAGAGCCAAGGAAUCUCGAAUUGCUUUACCGUUGUACAAGCGCUCGACUCAAUCGAACCCGCAAAACGGAGGCCGCAGGUCAUUUCGUCGCUAAAGUCCUAUAUCACGCACUGGCUACCGUCCACGGAGCGUGUUUUCUCCCUCGAUUCCAGACAAGAAGCCUCCAACCUUGUCCGUUCACUCUGCACCACAACAACCAAAGGGGUCAAAUGGCGCGAGCAAAGAAGUUAUAUGUUCGUCGAGGAUAUUGAAUGGCCUCAGGGCAAAUCUGCUGUCACGGAAGAUGGAACUGGCGAAGUCGUUCUGACGGGAAUUGUGAGGGGCCAGGGGCUGAAGGCGGACAGACUUGUUCAGGUUGGAGACUGGGGCGAUUUCCAGGUCGACAAGAUCACAGCAGCGCCUCUCGAAGUCCGGAAGAAAGGAAAAGAAGAGAGCAUGGUCAUCGAUUCGGAGGGUGACAAUGUGUUGGAAAGGCCAAGCGACGAUCAAGAUGAUCUAGCGGAGCUUGCUCCCGAGGAGACGAUCAUGGAGGACGCGAUCAGCUACGCCCCGUCCAUGGCACCUUCCGAGCGAAAAGGAGUCCUGUUAGACGACCACCACUACUUUUCAGACGAAGAGGAGGAAGAAGCACCGGCGCGCCGGAAGCGGCUGCCGAAGGGGACCAGCAAGUACCAAAGCGCAUGGUAUAUUGAUGAUGUGUCUGACUCCGGCUCCGAUCUGGAAGACUUUGACAUGGAAGACGUGGAAGAACAAGGCAAGAGCGAGACGUUCGAUCCUGCGGAUGGCGUGGAAGGUAUGGACGUCGAUGGCCGAGCAAUGACGGAGGGCGGUCCCUCGGAAUAUCCGCAGUCAGAGAUGUUUCUCGACCCGUCACCAGAGGACGAGGCGGAGCAGAUCGAGGCUUAUCGGAAGUCGAGAAAGGCGGAGGAAGAAGAGGAUCUAGAGUUCCCGGACGAGAUUGAACUUCAUCCCAACGUCAAUGCGCAAGAGCGCCUCAUCAGAUACCGUGGGCUGAAGAGCUUGAAGACCAGCGUAUGGGAGACUGAGGAGGAUAAGCCAUACGAGCCUGACGAAUGGCCUCGUCUACUUGAGAUUUCGGACUACAAACGAACAGCGACAAAGUUCAUGCGCGAGGCUUGGGCAGGUGGCGUCAGGCCUGGUACAAGGGUCAAUGUGCAUCUUCGUGGUGUCCCGCUCACAUUGCAAGGCUCGAGGCCGAUGGCGCUAUUUUCUUUGCUUCGCCAUGAGCACAAGAGGACCGUGUGCAACUACAGCAUACUCCUCAGCUCAGAAUACGAAGGACCCAUCAAGUCGAAGACGGAAAUGAUCGUCCAGUGCGGACCCCGACGGAUGGUCAUCAAUCCUCUCUUCUCCCAAGCAGGAAAUACCCCCAACAACGUCCACAAGUUCGACCGCUUCCUGCACCCAGGCCACUCAUCAAUCGCCACCUUCAUCGGCCCUCUAACCUGGGGCAACGUCCCUCUUCUCUACUUCCAACGCAAAACUACCUCGUCAUCUUCCGGCGCCGAAUCCAACGUCCAGCCAACCGUCUCUUCACCAACCUCCACCCUCCGCCUCAUCGCAACCGGCACCUCGCUCCCUCCCUCCCUCAACCGCGUCAUUGCCAAACGCAUCGUCCUCACCGGUCACCCCUACAAGAUCAACAAGCGCGUCGUCACCGUGCGCUACAUGUUCUUCAACGACAAGGACGUCAAGUGGUUCAAGAGCCUGCCGCUAUGGACGAAGAGGGGUAGGAGCGGGUUUAUUAAGGAGAGUUUGGGUACGCAUGGCUACUUCAAGGCGAGCUUUGAUGGGAAGAUUAAUCCCAUGGAUGCUGUAGCUGUGAGUCUUUAUAAGAGGGUUUGGCCGAGGGCCGCAAGGAUGUGGCAGCCGUAGGGUAGGAGCGGGGCAUGCGAACUUGCUGCGCGGUGGUAUGCAUGGUAUAGAUGAUACCUCUAUAGAGCAUUAAAAUGGUGAAGGCGUUUGUGUUUCAUGUUGAGGGUUUGAUUGCUGUUACGUGCUGGACUAGAU